CCAGAGUAAUUUAUGAACAUGAAGCCUCGUGCAUCAGUUUUUCCAUAGACUAAUAUUACGAGACACAUCUUGCUUACUGCGUGCUUUCCUACUUUGCAAAGCCAUUGUAACCUUUCAACCAACUGAGUUACGUGCCUUGUCCUGGUGCAAAGACUUAAGAAGUGGUCUUUUUUGCUGCUUAGCUCAAUAUGUAUGGUCGUGAAAGAGGCCCGCCUCCGCCUCCCCCUCCGGGCGUGAGAGGCGGACCACCACCGGAGUACAUGGACCGGGGACCGCGCGACUAUCCUCCACGUGACAUGGACCGGAGACGCGCACGUAGCCCUCCACCAAUGAUGCACGAGCGUGAGCGGUAUGCCCGGGGCCGAAGCCCGCCGCCAGUGCCAAAGCGCUCGCGGCGAGAUGGUCCCUACGAUCGUGACUUUCACGAGCCACCCUUCCACGGGCGCGGCAGCCCUGAUUAUGACCGGAGACCUCCGUCUCCUAAAGGCGUAUAUGACGAGCGGGAGGCCUUCGAGCGCCGUGGCUCAGUUGGGCGCGAAAGGCCGGAGGACGAGAAGCGGCCGAUGACCUUUAAGGAGUUCACGCUGCGCAAGGUGCCAGAUGAUGCCGCACCCGACGUGGCGCACCGCAUGUACCAGGAGUACUUGGUGGAGUACUACGGCAGCGCCAUUAAGGCGGAGUUCGAGCAGAACAAGGACAGCGACAUGUUCAGGUACCAGUUCGACCCGCGGAACUUUGCCAAAAUCGUGGCAAGCCGGGCGGAGGAGGCUCAGGACAGCGCGAAACACAUAGGCGCGGAUCUGGCUUCGGGCGCCUUGGACGCCAGCCACGAAAACUUCAGCCAGGGCAUGUAUGACCUGGCCCCCAAAGUUGAGAAGGAUAAGCCCCCUGCAAGCGGGGAGGAGGGGCCCAAGUUCGCGCCUAACCUGUGCUGGCGACCAGCCCGCGUAGCGCACGACCUGGAGCUCAGCCGCCGCCUAAUCCGCAAGUUGGAUGCUGAGAAGAGCAUUGAGGAGAACCCGCUGCUGCCGAAGCUGACAGGCACUGCUUCGGGGGCAGCGGCGCUAUCGGAGGGUACACAGGAGGGGCAGCCAGCAGCCGCAGGUGAAGGAGCCCCGGCCGCAGCCGACGGCGCUCCGCCGAGCGAGCCGGGUUCUGACGGCACAGCAGCCGCUGCCAGCUCCGGGCCGGCAGCGGGGUCAGCGGAUGAGGAGCCAGCGAUCGUGGUCAACGACUCCAACUACGCUGAGAGCGUCGGGAAGCUGGAUCUGCAGCUGCAUUGGCUGUGGAAGGUGCACGGUGUGGACUACUAUGCGGGUAUCGAGCUGAACGAGCAGGACUGGCCGUACCGCCUCAACUGCUGCCGCCUGAUUCGUGGGCCCCGCCCCGAGGAGGGCGAGCACGACGAGGCGGCAGAGAAGGCGGACAGGGAGAAGCUGGCACGCACGGUUGACGAGUGCUGGAACGGUCGCAUAGCACACGGGGACCCCAUUGAGGCCAAAUGCCUAAAGGGCAGGAUUGAGGAGGAGCUGGACAAGUGGAUCGAGUCGCAGGUUACCAUGGUGUCUGACAACAAGUAAGUCUUCGUCUGUGCGUACGGCAGUGCCCUGUGCUCUGUUAGUGUGGUGGGGUCGUGCUCUCGUGCAGUUGGGUAAGCGCCAUGCGCGGUUUCCUUCCUACAUGGCCUGGAAGGGGUAGAUAACACUUGGGAAGGUCUGGACAGGUUGUGUCCUGCCAGUCGUUGAGUGCACGGGGUUCACUUCAGCACGAGCCCAUUCUAUGGACGGCGGCGAGGAUGCCCUGCCCGGUAGCGGUACCCCGUAGUAUAUUAUUGACGCAGGGCAGCAAGCACUUGUGCAUUGGAGGCGCCGCCGCGAGAGUGUUUUGCCAUGUGACUCUUCUUCGGGCGUCGCUACUGCUAAUGGAGACCUGUCAACGAUGGCGCAUUUGGAGUGCAAUUUCAAACCCGCAGCUAGCUCAGUUAAAUUAUUUCAUAUGACAAGCUGUCGUACAUACAUAGCCGAUACACUCGUACAUACAUACCCAAGCCCUACUCGUUGAUGAUCUCGACUUGCUGUACCUCGAGACCAAUCAUACCUUAAUCGUACCAGUUCAUACUACAGACUUGACUUAGUAACAUGUGACCUAUUUACAUGAAGAUGCUGCUUAUGCGAUACCUAGUCCAUAACAAUUAGUAGGUAGACCGAACACUGUGAGCUGUGGGUUUGAAAAGGCCACGUCGAGCCGUCGCUAUGGAGCACCUGUGUGCAUCGCAAACGAUGGGGCUCGAAGCUGAGCAACAAGCUGUUUGUGGGCAAGAAGUACGUCAUUAAACACAUCAAGACUAAGCACCAAGACAAGCUGGCGACGGAGCGCGAGCGGAUUUUGGACAUGCUCUACUUUGAGAACUUCCGCGCAUGGAAGGAGGACGAGGAGCGGCGCCGCGCUGAGGAGGAGCAGCACGCGGGCGAGGCGAUGGAGGGCGAAGGCGCGGGCAUGGAGGGCGAGGGGUCGUACGGCGGUCGUGGCCGUGGCCGCGGUGGCAUGAUGCGCGGUCGUGGUCGCGGUCUGGGCCGGGGCAUGAUGGGGCGAGGACCCAUGAUGGGCAUGGAGGGACCCAUGAUGAUGCCCAUGCCCAUGGCGCCCAUGUUCAUGCCACCAGGCCCCAUGGGACCUUUCAUGCCCAUCAUCCCCGGGCCCGUCCCGAUUAUCCCGCCUGGCCCGAUGCCCAUGCGG